AUGGAAGUCUUUCUGGUCUCCAAGACCCUGUUUACAGUGUGUGAGAUGGGUUUAUUUGACCUGCUGGCCUCGUCAUGGUGCCCCCUGUCUCUAGAGGAGGUAGUGCAGGUAAUCAGGGCCAGCCUGAGCGGUACUGAGAAGAUGUAUCUGACCCGGUCCAUCCACUACAGCUCCAAGACCAUCUACCUCUGCUGGCACUACCUGAUUGAUGCUGUGAGGGAAGGCAGUAACCAGUAUGAGAAGGCAUUUGGUGUCAAGUCUGAUGAUUUGUUUGAAGCCAUGUACAGGUGUGAGGAGGUGAGGGUGCAGUUUAUGCAGCUGAUGAACUCCAUCUGGAACAUCUGUGGUCGAGACGUAGUGACUGUCUUCGACCUCUCACCUUUUAGAACCAUCUACUCCAUAUUGGACUGGCAGCCAUCUUGGAAAGGCGCUAAAGUAAAGAAACUAGCUAAUAUCAACGGCAAUCAGAGAUUCAGCACCACGGACAACGGCAAUCAGAGAUUCAGCACCACGGACAAUGGCAAUCAGAGAUUCAGCUCCACGGACAACGGCAAUCAGAGAUUCAGCACCACGAACAACGGCUAUCAGAGAUUCAGCACCACGGACAGCGGCAAUCAGAGAUUUGGAUCCACGGACAGCAGCAAUUAG